AUGGAAUAAGUUUUUAAAUCUCCAAUUAUUACUUCAAAGACUGAUUUUGACAAUGAACCGAACGUACCUUAAACCGAAGAAGACACACAGACACCUAUUUUUCUUUAUAAAAAUACUCUCUUCUCUGAAUAAAAUAAAAUUUUAAGCAGCAACAUUUUAGCAUCAGCAAAUUAUCCUUGA